AUAUCUUACGAGCUCAACGUUCUCCGAACAAGAGGUCCGAGAAGAAUGAACUGCACGGUCCACACCGUUCCCGUUUCUGCAAUCCAAGAGGGGGGCACCGCCCCCACCCCCUCAACUUUUAGUAGUUAUGGUCUCGACGAAACUUUUGACAUCUCUUCCACAAAUCGAGCCGAAUCAAAAGAAUCAUCGAUUGGGAAUAUUACUAGUAAUAGACCGCUUGUUUUGAAGAAUAAAUCUCCUAGGUGGCACGAGCAGCUUCAGUGUUGGUGCCUGAACUUUAGAGGACGUGUUACGGUGGCAUCUGUGAAGAAUUUUCAGCUAGUUGCUGAUGUGGACCCGUCGGAGAAUAUUCCGGAAUCUGAGCAGGAGAAAGUGAUCUUGCAAUUUGGGAAGAUAGGGAAAGACAUAUUCACCAUGGAUUACAGAUAUCCACUUUCUGCCUUUCAGGCCUUUGCGAUCUGUUUGAGCAGCUUCGACACGAAACCAGUAUGCGAGUAGAGAUCUCCAUUUUAUAUAAAAUAAAAAUAUCGCCUAUGAUGGUUUUGUUUGUAUAGUUUUUUUCUUUUUUCGUUUUUCUCUUUUUCUUUUCCAAGAAGAUUAAGCUUUUAAUUAUGUGAUCUCAAGGGAUCUUGUUGUUCAGUUUGAUGGUUUUGUAUUAUACAUACGCAGUAAAAAGACGAUGCGCUACUAUCUUUCUUGAAAUGCCUUAUUUAUUGACAGUGCUUUAU